UUAUGUUUUCAAAGCAAUUUCAUGUCCCGGGGUUGAGGGAAGAAUUGCUACAUGAAUUGCGAAAAGCUCAGCAAUCCAAGCAUGGAUAAGAAGAAGAAGCGGAAGCACAUGGGGAACAAACCAAAAGAGGAAUCUACCAUGGAGAAGAAGAAGAAUCACAAGAGCAAGAGCAUUUACGACAUCCUCUCUCUUGAACUGAUUCACAUAGUCCUAAUGCGGGUGCCGAUCAGACAUCUCGCUCGCCUCAAGUGCGUUUCCAAGUUGUGGUACUCUCUAAUUUCUGAUCCCGACUUUGCGGAAUUGCAUUUUCACCACUCUCCCGUUGCCACCAACGCAUGUUUCUUCAUAGAAAACGAAGCUAUGGUUUACUUUAUUUACUUAGACGACAAUGAUGCAUCACAAAAAGUGAUGUCUCCCCCUUUCAAAAAGAAACCUUCUCAUUUUGCGGUCUUGGGAUCCUGCAGAGGCUUUAUUCUGUCGUAUCGAGACCCACAUUUUCUUGUGGUAUGGAACCUACUGACCGGAUUCAGCAAAAGAAUAUCUUAUUCUCAUAUUGUUGCUCGUCUUAAAUACUAUGUCGUUAGGCUUCCUUACAAGUUCCAUCUCUAUGGAUUUGGUUAUGAUGCUUCACAGGAUGACUACUUAGUUGUUGUAGCCUGGCAGGAUAAGGAUGACCAUUAUCACUUGGAUUACUUGUCCUUGAGAACCAAUUCAUGGAUUAAUCUUGAUGCUGCACUCUCUAAUCUCUUGGGUUCUUAUAACUGGAAUCCACCUGGGUUGUUCUUUAAUGGCACUAUUCAUUGGGUGCCUAGCGUUCUUGAAGCUUACAGGGAUGUUAUUCUUAUCUUUGAUCUGAAGGAGAGAACUUUCUCAACUUUAUCUGCGCCGGAACAACCUGUAAAGAGUGCAUGUUCCUAUUCAAUUCUCGCCGUACUAGGAGGCUGCCUGGGCUUGUAUUAUCGCAAUUAUGAUAGCCGUAAAACUGAGAUAUGGGUGAUGAAAGAAUAUAAAGUGCACUCAACUUGGACUCUCUAUCAGAUUCCUUGCGAAGUCUUUCAGCCGGUGUGCUUUUACAGUCAUGGUGAUAUUAUUGGAAGAGGUUAUACUUUCUCUGAUAAAAGAGGGUACUUCAUACAUAAUGUCCGAGGAGACCUGCUCAAACAUUUUAAAAAUCUUUGUUGUCCCAUCCGUAGAGCCUAUGCUGUGUAUACAGAGAGUCUCUUGCCACUCCCUAGCGACAUUAAGGACAAGGACAAGAAGAAUAAGAGGAAGGAAAACUGCCAUCAAAUUCACCAUCAAGUUUAACAUCACCAAAGAUUCAAACAAAGAAAGAAGAAUGAGUAGCCAACAUACAAGUGAACAACUUGCCAUUUGGGGAAGAACAUUUGAAAAGUGCAAAUGAAGUUUAGUCUCUUUUUAAAUCCAAUAUAUCUUUUGAAUCACAUCUAAUAGUAAUAUUUCUUAGUUGGUUAUGCAAAACUUUAUAGGUUUUAUUUUGCAGAUUACAUAAUAUACUUCUUCUAAUCUUACCUUUAGCAUGGUUGUUUUUAGAAGUUCACUAGCAACUGAUGGCAAACCCAAAAACAAAAAAUUACAGUAUAUGAGAGUUGUUUUAUUUUGAGUAUAUAAACUUGCUGCACCUUGUAUGUCAAACUAGUAAUCGACGGCUUUCGUGGCAGAGGGGCUUAUCUCAACAUGUUUUGAAAGAAUAAGUACUCCUAUAAAUAGUUUCGCUUGCACUC